ACAGCGCAAUCCCCACCUCCGCCAUGGCCUCUCUUCUCCUCCGCCGCUCCCUCCUCCUCCCUCCCGCCAUCCGGACCUCAAUCUAUCAAUCCUCCCUCCCCCAUCUCCGCCGCCAUGCCUCCACAGCAACAACCCACGAAAUCCCCACCGCCGCCUCAGAAGUCGCCGCAGCAGCACCCGCCAUCAACCCAUUCGCCGAAUCCCUCAUGACUAUUCCCUCCCUCCUCCUCGACACCCUCCACGCCACCGGUCUCCCCUGGUACGCCGUCCUCCCUCUAACAGCCCUGAUCGUCCGCGGCGGCCUAGUCUACAACUUCUCAACCCUCCCUGCCCGACGACGGGCCGUUCUCCGACGCAAUCUCUCUCCCAUCGUGGGCGCUCACAUGCGUCGAACUCUCAUCCAGCGACGAAUCAAAAAGCAGCCCGCUUUCCGACCUCUGCUCUACUUCCAAACGAUGAUCGCCAUGUCCCGUGACUUCAAAAUUCCACUUUUCAACGUCCGCUCGCUGCUGAAUUUCGGAGUCCUCAUCGCCAUGACGGAGACCGUUCGCGUGAAAUGCGGAGGUCGAGAGGGUGUGUUGAGUCUCAUCACGAAACCCCUCACCUGGCUCUUCAGCAAGAAAUACCCUACCGUCGCUGCAGGCUCCGAGCCCAUGAAAAUGGCGUCCUCCCCCGACGAAAUCCUCGCCGAACGCCUCUUCGACGCCCGCGAAGCAAAAGCCCAAGCUGCAGGUCUCUCCUCUUCCGACAUCCCCAUCGAAGCCGUCCACCUCGAAAAACUCAACACGAACCCCUACGCCGCUUACAUCGAACCCUCAAUGCGCACCGAAGGUCUCUCCUUCAUUCCAGACCUCACCCUCCCAGACCCGACUUUCACCCUCCCUUGUCUCCUCACCCUAACCAUGGCGGCGGGCAUCCUACUCCGUCGACAACCGCCCCUCACAACCCCGGAAGUCCCCACCCCGGACGCCAAAAAGCAGCCUUUGACGAAUGGUCAACGACUAGGAUUGUCCGUGUCGCUGCUUUUUGGACUGGGCGCGACACAGUUUCCGGCUGCGGUGUUGUUGUAUUUGGUGCCGAAUAUGACGAUUGCGUGGUUACAGGGACGGUGGUUGGAUGUGAAGUAUCCGAUUCCCGGGACGGUGGAGCCGUGUCGGAAACCGGUGAGGUUGAAGGUUAGGAAGGAUUUUGAGAUGCCGACACAGGUUUGAGGGGAUAGGAGGAGAAGGGUGGUGGGAUUGGAGAGGAGCAGGAAUAGGAGGAACUCGGGAGUUACGAUUGAGGAAUCGCAAUUCUGAUGGUAACAUCUCGAAAGGCAUGAUGUCCAAGUAGCGAAGGAGGAGCAUAUUCCGCGAAGCGCAUCAAUCUCUCCAAACCCACGGCUCGAUGGAUAUUUCAUGCAUAUAUUGAAACGAAACACCCUACCUCUCCGUCGUCGAGAGGGAACAGAUCUCAGCCGUGGGCAUAGCGCGGUAUGCGGACCUCCCAUGUCGAGCUCCAACCCAUCUCGCUCAGACGCACAGGUUUCCCAUGAACAAAGACAGGACCGAGAGCCAACACCACCCGUAUCCGCCGGGAAGAAAACCACACAUACACACAUCCCGACACGGCGGGAGCGGGCGAGCGAGCACUCUGGACUUGGGACAGACGAGCCCAAAUUUGAAAGGUGGAAAACAACCCCUUCAGCGCGAGGCAUGC